AUGAGACGGCUUUCAACGGCACCGGUGCUGCGGGCUUUCACGGCACCGUCGCCUGGAGUCUGCGCAUUCUUUUAUGGGUCGGGUGGCGGCGCCUCCCACUGCCAGACGCGGUGGGCCGGUACGCAGCGACGCGUUGUCCGGCCCACCGAAGAGAAUGUCGCAGACCUGAUGGAGGAUGACGACGAAGAGCUUUCUCAUAUCAGCAGUGUCCACGUCGCGUCCGUCGCCGCCCCAACACCGCUGUCUGCCAUCUCGGAGUCGGCGUCGCUCUACCGGAGGGUUGCAGCGACGACUUCCGACGACAAAGCAAAGCGGGGAGUGAAAAGACGCUACGGCGAUGAGACCGAUGCCGGCGAUGCAAACGCCACCCACAGUGCCGCGGCUAUAGAAACGGCUCAAGGCACAUUCGAGGCGGAGGCGCUCGCGGUGGGAGCAGCAGGCGACGGCGAUGAUGCUGUCCACGAGGGCUCGAAAAGGGACGAGGCGUAUAUCCUUCAACAGCAGCAGUACUAUUACGAGCUUCCCGUGCAGCUGCUCACCGAUAUCGCAGCCGCCUACCUGCGCUCCACAGAGAACAUCGCCCUCGUGUCACUGCAGGAAGAGCACAUUUUGUUUCCCGUGCUGCUGGACCGCCUGCAAGAAUUCCACGUGUCACAGCUGCUGGAUAUUGUCGACUGCCAUUGGAGUCGGUCUACCAUGCUUCGCUAUGGUACCCAGUACAAGGAUGCGGUGCGUGAUCGCAUUGCUCAACUCGCCACUGCCGCCGCGAAGCAGUUGGAGGCGAAGAAGAGGCAGCAAGAGCAGCAGUUGUCUUCCGGCAGUGCGGGGUGGGCACCCGCCGCUGAUGGCACGUUUGGUGCAGCACAACAAGACAAGGAUCAUAACCCCGAGACUACAGGUGCUGGCGAGGAGGACGAGGAGGACGGCGCCGUCUUUGUGGCUGAGAAACAGGCGGCUGAUGUGCAGCGCUCCGCCGACGCUAUUCUGAUGCACGCCGAGGAGGAGAUCACGUCCGCGACGGUGUACCGCGCCUUGGUAGUCAUGGGCAUCAGUGCGGGGCACCGUAAGCGUGACUUGGCCUUUUUCCAGCUGCUCGGCAACUACUUUGCUUUCUUUAUCAACGACUAUCGUGACCCGCACGAUCUGGUGCGCGUACUGACGGCGCUGGCACGCGCCAAGAUCGUGCCAUCGCCGAUGUUUCUUAGCAUGAUUGCGCGCCGCAUGCCGGUGCUGCACAAGCGCGUCCCACUGGAGCCGUUGCCGGCAUAUCGUGCACUGUCGAACUUCGCACGGAUGGGGCACACUUCCAUGAACACGUUCCGCUUCCUUGCUGACUGCAUGUACGCCCACGUGGAAAAGCACAUCAUCGAGGAGAAGAAGCAGCUCCGCACGAUGGCAGCAGCAGCGAAAAAACUAGCAGCUCCGACGGAGGAGUCGGAUACGAAGGCGGCUUCAUCGACCACCUCAGCUGCCGCAUCCUACAUAGAUCGUACGCAGAGCUACAGCCCAGAGGUACUGGAAAAGGAGCGGUUGCGUCGCAUGUGUGGACUGAAGCCAUCUAUGUUCACAAGGUGGCUUGCAAUCCUUGCUCGCUUCAACGCCCCGCAUCAGCAGUACCUGCGCCCCCUCGUCAAGCCGGUCAUCUUACCGAUGCUGCCUUACUUCCCGCCACCAAGCUUCACUCGGCUGGUGAGCGCGACGCGUAUGUUCAGGUCAACCGAUAGCGUUCUCGUGAAUGCUCUGGUGGAGCGGGUGUGCGAUGUGCUCGCACCAGCCGGCAAGCUGACACGCACAGAUGUGAUGGAGAUGCUGUGGCUCAUAUCUCAGGAUGACACCCCUGUUCCUGCCCAACUGGAUCGCUUCCUCCGGAUCUGCAAGGACUAUCUUGGGAGCUCCACAAGCGCUUCCACGGCAGAAGAAGUUGCCCAGAACGACACCGACCUGAGUGCAAAGCUGCGACCACGAGGGAUAGUCAUGGUUGUGCCGCGUCCAAGAGACAUGUGUAACGUGGUGAAGCUGAUCGGCGCUUUUCAGAAGAGGGACGAGAUCCCACUCGAGUCCCUCACCCCGCUGUUGGAGCUGACGGAGGACUUUGCAAAGCGCCUUGCGUAUCUGAUGGAGCUGAGCGUUGUGUCACUGACGCAGGUGGAUGUCUUUCUGGAGCUGUGCGAGCGGCACCAAAUCCCAGACAUAUCCGGGGCGUUGGGGCAGCUGAUGCUGAAGCGACGGGAUGUUGUGCUGCAUGCCACGCGCCCUCCCGCAGCGGCGGCGGAGGAUACGGAUGACAGAGGCAGUGCUGCCAGCAAUGAUGAAGCGGAGGAGGCGUACUACGCCCAGCUGGACAUUGACGUGCGCGAGACGUUCAACAAGAUUCUGUUUACCAAUGACUGGAACACCCACUGCCGCUACCGACCCCUUCCUGGACCCUUGCAGGUGGACUUCCGCAACGAGCUCACAAAGGUGUCUGCCCUUGAGCUUCUUCAGGCGGUGGACCUGUUUGCCAAGGCAUGCCCAGGCGCACUACGAGACGCACCACGCCUCUUUCUCACCCGAAGUCUACUAGAGAAACUCGGCAAGGAGGGUGAAGUAGUGGUGGAGGAGGAGACAAACAGCCUUGUCAUUCGCCAACCUCGCGCUGAGCUUCUUACGCGCGAGGAUUUGCAAACAUUCACUGAACUGGUGGAGCGCACGCCGCUAGACGCAGUGCGCACCGCGCCGGUCGUGUGGACAUUCAUUAAAGAGAAGGCAGAGCGACUCGGCAUGGUGUCUGUGGAGGAAAAGGCCACAGCCCGCCUCACCGAUCUGCAUUGUGUGACGCAGAGAGCGAGCGCCUAG